AUGGAAUUGUUUCAAAAUUCAAACGGAGCAAGAAGAUUUCGACUGCCUCAUGAAAAUCUUAAAGAGACGGAAAGUGAAAUCAUUGAUAAAGAACGUAAACAGCAUCUUAAAUCGUUGCAAGAUAUUAGCCAGAUGCGAUUUAUUAGGAACGAAUUGUUAUCAUUAAAAGAUAUGGGAUUCUUACGAGGAAAAUUCGAAGAAGGAAUAAAUUGGAAAGCUUUAGCCUUAAAUAGUAUAGCGAUUUUGAAAGAUAAAAUCAAGAAGAAAGAUACACCACCACAUGAACAUAUUUUUACAAAAAUAAGCAAUAUAGAUGUCGAUGAAUUAUCAAACGACGACCCAUUAUGUAUUGGAGUAAUCGAUCUUAGUUCAGACAAAUAUAAUAUUCCCGAGAGUGAUUACGAAUCUCUUGUUGGUGAGAAGGCUAAUAUAAGAAAUUUGAGCAAAGAUGUCGUGGGACGUAGUGACACACGAUCAAUGGGUGAGGACGAUCACAUUAAGGAACGCAUAGCACGCGGAAUUACCGAUGUUCUUUUGCAAGAAAUUAAGUUGAAUGCACUCCGAAGAAUUUCCAGAGAUUAUGAAGUUGAAGUUACCAGGGCCGAACGUCAAAGUACAGCUAGUAAAAAUCGCAAAGCUCAGCAAAAAAGUGGAUCAAGAGGAGAUAAACCAGAUCUCAUGUUCCGUGCUCACCUUCGUCAAAAAUGGGAAGAAAUUGUGUUCUUCGAAAGUGAAAAGUGGGAUGCCAAUGAAGAUAAGAUUUGCCACGACCAUAAUAAAUUAGUGCAACUCUGUUUGGACGGAUCUAAACAGCUUGUGAAAAAUGUUCAAAAGAAACCUUUUACCAAAGAAAAAGGGAUGAAGUACCAUCUACAUCUUCCAGUUGUUAAAGCGAAAAUACCUUUGGGUAAAGAAUCGGUUGAGGAAGUAGAAGAGUUUGUUCAUGCCCUAUUGACUUUGCGA